ACUAAUCCGGGUUGUUUCUCGCGUGAGAAGUGACGUGGCUCUCGCGCAUGUAAACACUGAGCGCUCUCGGCUGUAGCCCCACCGCCGUUUACCUACGGAGUCCGUGUGUUUGGCGUCCGUGCUUGUCCGCCUAUAUACUCGAAACUGCAGUUUUAGAGGGGACAGAAGCCUCCGAGAUAAACUCUCAUUUUUAAUUAAUGCGCGGUUAAUUCUCUAGUUCAUCAGCAGCACCAGGUGCGAUCGGGGAGCAAUGGCGGAGGGUGGAUUUGAUCCGUGCGAGUGCAUCUGUUCCCACGAACAUGCCAUGAGGAGACUGAUAAACCUGCUGCGACAGUCCCAGUCCUACUGCACAGACACAGAAUGUCUCCAAGAAUUGCCCAGCCCCGGCAUUCCAGAGGGUGGCGAUCUGACGUUGCCAAUGAUCUUGAUGGGCUGGGUGCUUAUCGCCCUGGUCCUCUUCCUCCUAAGACCUGCCAGCCUGAGGGGCCCCGGUGCUGCUGGGAAGCCAUCUAGCCCGCAUAAUAAUCAAGGAGGAGAGCCGCCGAGCCCACCUGUGGACUAGCGCCGGACCCGGAUAGCGGCGGACACAAAAAGCAGCCAAGGAUUGAACGUGACUCCAUCAGCUACUGUGACCCCCGAUUUAAACCUGCAGAAUGUUUACUUUUUUUGUUCGCAUUUCUUCCCUUAUUACCCCCGCCCACCCUGUUUAUGGUCUUGGUGAUUAGUGCGGUUCUUACCGUAGUAGUAUGUGCUUUAGGAUGGCAGAGGAAGAGUUUGGUGAUGCAAAUAAUGGCCACACAUGUUUUUUUUUGCAUUUGCACAUGCACUUGGGAAAUGUCCAUGUUAUAGCAAGGAGGCAGAUCGGCAACAGUCAGGGAAUCGGACGACUCUACAUUCCAUUAAAUUGUUGGGUGAAAUUACUCUGUAACUGGGUGGUGCUUUAUGGACAAGAAAACUAGCCAAUGAAUGAAAGGGUCAUGAGACAUGACCUGCAAUGCAUGCAGAAGGAAUGCUGUCAGCUCCAGUCACCCAAACUCAUCAGCAAGACCCUCAAUUCCUUGCGCCGACUCUUUACCUCUUGCUUUACUCCGAGACAUUUGUGAUUUUUCUUUUUUUUUUGUAGAUCAGGAAAACGUUCCGGCUGUGAAUGAUUGGUCAGAUGCACAUAAAAGCUGAUUCACAGCGGGUCUUAAACUAUCUUGUUGAAUAGCAGAGGCACAGUUGUGCGAUGGUUUCUAUAGGUGCAUUAAUUUUGCCUUGCCUGUCGAAAAGAAAUCCACAGAUUUGUGGGUUUGCCGAACAGGUACUCGGCUUCCAAAGCAACAGCGAUAAGUAUCUUGCCGAGUGAAAGAUCUGUAGGUGUAGUCUUUCAAGGUUUAGGUUGAAAGGUUUUGACUGAGUGCAAUAAUUUCAACAAAUGGCAUUUAAUUGUAUCAAGUAAUUCAUAGGACACCUGUUACUAAUAUGUUGCAUAUACUCAAAAAGGGUUGUUAUUAUAUGUUUGUCAAAGCUAUUGCUUAAAUGUAUUUACACUCAAAAGCAGUGAUGUAUGGGAAAUGGUUAAUCUUAUAGGUGAUAAACCUAUAUAAUCACUUGACUUUGGACAACUACGGAGGUUACAACAGCCCCACAAGUGAUGUGGGCAUUUGAGGCGUUCUAGUGUCAGGACAUCGCUGAUCGAUCGGCCGUGCCUUCGCUCACAGGCUGUCUGUUCUGUGGUUCACGUUUGUUAACGCAGGAUGACUUGCCCGAGAAGUUCGAGAUGAUAAUACACGCCUUAUUCACCCGUCUGUCAUCAUGAAAGCAUUACGCCUCCUGCAGUGAGCCUCAUUUUGAAAUGCGUAAUUUUCCCCACAACUUCCCAAACCUGUUUUAAACCAGGGGCCUGAGGUGUCAGACUUUGUGUGGUGAAGUUCUAUGUCUCAUGCAGUGUUUCUGUUUGUCUCAUUGGAAUGUGACCUUCAGACUCUGAUACCUGUAUAUAUGUAGAUACUUGCUGACCCCUUGUGCUGGGAGGGAGUAAAAAUGUGGACUGUCUGGGGCUCCCCGAGGGCUGGGUUGGGGAAACACUGGUCUGAAGAAGGAAAAAAAUUGUAAAAUCUGCUACAUGGAUUUAGCUUUAAGCCAUUUUCCAUGUUUUAUUUUUUCCGGAAAUGAUUGUACCGGAGUAUGUUAAUCAAUUAAUUGUACCGGAGUAUGUUAAAGAAUUAAUACUCGAUUCUGCGCCAAACCCAUAUAAAUUUUGAUUAUUUCCUUAAAAGAAUAGCCACACUUUUACCUUCUAUAAUGGCAUCUUAUACUUAACAAUGGCUUACAUUAUAGUGACACAGUUCAUGUACUUUAUGGUAUGGCUGUUUGUUUAAGAUCAGCUAUCUUUACAGAGACGUAAUGUGUACUGCAAGGAAGGUUGUGGUGUGGACUUGCCAAAUUUAUUGAUUUUUUUUACUGUAGAAAUCAUAUUUGGUGCCAUUUCAACUGUUUUUGAACACUGUACUGGGACAUUAUAAAGGGCUUUAACUAUGCACUUUUCUGAACUUCAAAUAAAUUAAUACAUUAUCUGGG